AGGUUCCGGGGCGGGGUCGGGCCGCGUGGAUCGGGCAUGGCCGGGAAGCGGAGCGGGGAGCCCGGGGAAUCGAGCGGAGAGCCUGCGGCCAAGCGCGCCUGUGGCCCGCGGGACGAGGAGUUCAAUGGCGCCCGCUUCAAGGCGAUGCUGCGGGACCCGGCGGCCGCCGCCAAGGGGCUGGAGACCUUCGUGUCCGUCGCCAAGACGCUGCCAUCGCCCCAAGUGUACGAUGUCGUGGAGGGAUACGUGAAAAUUUCAAUGGAGUGUGCUGAGAUAUUCAAGCUUCUCGAUGGAGAACGGAAGCCUGAAAGUGAGAUGCUGUUAGUCUUUCAAGCUCUAGAAGCCAUUUUACUGAGGACAGCCAGCGACCUCUCACAUUUUUCUGUCGUGGGAAUGAACAUUGUCAAAAAGUUGAUUCAUUCCUACAUGAAACUCGUCUAUGCUGCUUUGUAUUCUGAAAAUUACAGGAUGAGCCGAGGGUGCCUCACGCUGUUGUCAGCAAUGGUGGCUCAGGGCCCGGAUUCAGCAAGGGAUGUGUAUAGCCAUUUCGAUUUCAAUAACAAAUACCUGCCUGGAUUGUUGAGAAAAGGAUUUAAGAAGGGAAGAGCACGUGUCCCCAUGGUGUAUCAGUUUGCUCUGUCCUUUCUCAUUGCUGGUGACAAUGCACUCUUGGCACAGCUGCUGGAGUUGAAAGAUUUCAUUCCAGAUAUUCUUCGCUCUGAAAUAAAGGAAGACAGAGUUUCUACUGUCAAUCUUCUACUUUCCACACUGAGAACUAAGGUGGUUCAUAACAAGAGCAUCAGCAAAACACAGAAGGUGCGCUCUUUCACUGCAGAAGUGUUGCUUCACAUCGCUUCACUGUACCGUUGGAAUGGGAUUACUGAUGUCAGCCCUGAGGAUUUGAAGGUGGCUCAAGGUUCUGAAGAGGUGGGAAAAGCAAUGGUGCGAGAACUUGUGCAUAGUUUCUUAAUGGACCUCUGCUGCUCUCUGAAACAUGGCAUAACGUUCUAUGAUGCAAGUCUUGGAACUUCUGGCAAGGGAGGAAAUGUGGUACUUCUGCACUUCCUUCUUGGUUUAAGAACCGCAACAGAAGAUGAAAUGGUUGCUGAUCUCCUGGUGAAUGUUCUCAAAGUAUGCCCAGAUUUAUUGAAUAGAUACUUCAAGGAGACCCAUUAUUCCUUUGUUCCUAGAGUGGCGCCUGCUUGGAUGGACAACGUGAAGUUACUCAAGAAGAUCUAUGAGGCUCAACCAGACAUCUCCAAUUCUUUUAAGACUUCAGAGUUUAUUCCUCUUCCCAGAUUGUUGUCUAUGGUGAUGGUAACAACAGUCCCUACAGUGUGCAAUAAAACAAUGCUCAGCAAAGGGUUAAAUUUGCCCAGCACAGCGGUGAAGCACAGCAUCCUGUCGCUGGUAUCCAUGGUGCUGAGAAGAGCCCUGAGGAACAUUGAGCACUGUUUGUCUGAAGAAACCUGGCAAAGGUCACAAAUCUACACGCUGCCAGCAGUGCAGGAGUUUGUGCAGCUGUACAGGGAAGCAGUCAGCAAGGUUUUACCGGACAUGAAUAAUCUCGUGGCUGUCUGGCAGUCCCUUCUGAAGCAAAAGAGAGAGCACACUGAUGGCCCAGCAGAGAAAAAGGAAGGUGAUGUCUCCACUGUGAAGGCAAUGACCGAGACAGAAGUUGCUGAGCAGCAUGGUUCAGAUGAUGCUGAGAUGCUGCUUCUGAAAGCUACACUGCUUCAGGUCAUAUGUCUUUAUCAGAAGGUUGUGCCUCACUUGGUAGCACGGAGCAACUUUGAUUUCAGCAAGCUGCUAAAAGGUAUAGUCACUGAAAAGGGCUUGCGGAUGGAGGUCCCUCCUGUUCUGCAGCACCACAUCCUGAAAGUGGCUUUGGAACUUCCUGCAAACAAAUUUGCUUGGUUUAGAGUACAGGACAUCUCGGAGACAGAGAAGAUAUCUGGUGAAAAAUCAGUCUUCUAUUUACUGAUGAAAAUGUUUGUUACGAGUACCCAUUCUCAUCUGAAAAUUUCCACCUACAAAUUAAUCAUUAAGGUUUUACGUGACAGUGGAGUGUUUGAGUACACGUGGAAGGAACUUUCAAUUUGGCUGGAACACUUGGAUAAUACAAAAGAAGACCAAAAGGAAGCAGUGAUUCAGUUUUUGGAAAGGAUCCUGCUCAAGCUGGUGACAAACCCCUACCCCUACACAGACAAGGCAGCAGAUCUGGUUCAGGAAGCCAGCAUGGUCCAGGUGGCUGUGUUUAAACAGGACUCUGAUAGCAUCAGCAUCCCUGUCUCUCACAUUGACGAUGUCCUGGAUAUGGUGGAUGUCCUGAUUGAGGGCAGUGAUGGCUUUGAUGAAGCAAUUGGGUUCUCUUUAAAUGAAGACAUGAUUAUCCAAACAUUUCCCUUCAGUGCUGUUGUCCCUGCUGCGUUAGAAGCCAGGAAUAUACUGUUGCUUCAGUCUGAAAAUGGAACAGGAGCACACGUUGUGGAGUACCUCGUUGCUGUUUUCACUGAGCUCCUGCACUCUCAGAGAGAACCCCUUGCUCUCUGCUUGAUGUUCCAACUCUAUGAUAAAGAUCUUGAGUCCAUGAAAGUUGCUAAUUAUCCUCAGCUCUACCGCUUUAACCAGUACUAUAAACUCUGGAUUCCCAAGCAAUCUCAGGAACCUGUGUUUAAAAAUCACGAGGAGGUAAGCGAAGAACCUACUGUGCCACUGGAUUCUGUGUUUAGCACUUUGCUAAAGAGAGCCUAUGAGAGAGGAAGCAACACCCUGCUGGAAGCUGGUGUUCAGACCAAAUUGAGAGACUUGGCUUCCUGGCUUCCACCUGACCAGCUUUUGUUGGCAGUAAAGCACGUGUUGUUAUACCUGAAAUCCACAGUGGAGAACUUCAGCAGCCUUGGUAAAACUUUGGGUCCUCAGCUUGUUGACCUCUAUGUGGACAUGCUGAACAUCUUGUUGUGCCGGGGCAAUCAAAUAAAGCUGGAGCAUCAGCAGAAACAAGAAGGGCAUCAGGCUAAUGCGGAUCUCUUUAUGGAUGAGGAGUCCCUGAUGACAGAAGUGUCUUCAAAUGACAAGACACUGGAGGAUACACUCACCUUGAUUUUCAGACAUCCUACACUGGAGAGCUGGUUCCUGGCAUUGGAACUGCGCUCUAUUCCUCAGCCUGGUUUGAAGCCUGUCACUGUAAAGCUCGUGUGAGCUCACCUCAAUUCUGGGGUGCUCCAGCUGCUGAGAGCAGGUGCCCCCAUCCCGCAGAACAUCACAAGGGAUCACAGAUACAUGUUGUCCAAGUAUUUCGAAGCUAUCACCAGAAGUGUCCUGGAAGAGCCGCAGACUGUGGGGAAGGACACAAGCCCAGUCUAUGCCAGGAAGUCUCAGCAGCUGCAGGCUCUGGAGGAGCUGCACAUGCACAUGACUGCAGCUCAGCUGAAGGAGAUCACUUUAACCAUGCUGCAACUUCCUGAGAUGAGCUUGACUUCUCAGAAAUCUGAAAAAUCCCCUAAAAUAGGGAAACAGUUGAGCUUCUAUGGACAAAUUUUGGUGCAGCUCCUUACGGACAGCUACCAAAGACAUCCCCAGCAAGGAGAACUUCUGCUAUCUGCAGAGCACAUUAAAUCUUUGGGGAAAUUGAUGUCAGCAUCAGCCAGCAAAGAUUUGGAGCAAGUUUUCCUUCAGGCUCUCCACAGUGAGCCAGUCCUUGCUCUCGCAGUUGGUGUUGAGGUGCAGGCUCACUGUCUUGCCCAGUGCUCCCACACCUCCCUGGCCAUUGUGGCCAUGCUGAUCCAGCACUCCAGGACUCACCUGCUGCAGUUUGAGCUCUGGUGUCUGAGCAGUGCCACUGGGAAGUACCUGAGGAAACACAUGGAAAGCUUUCUUCCGCUCAUUAAUGUGUAUUUGCAGUGCAGAGACCUGUAUGGUUUCAGCCGACCUGCCACAGUUGUCUCUGCUGUCACGCCUGCCCUGAGGAAAGCCCUGUGGAAGGAGCUCCGCGCUGGGAUUCCAGACGCUGGAGCGGCACACGAGGCCUCUGUGAGACUGCAAAUUCUUUCCAAGUUGUUGCCACCUUUGGAAAGCAAAGAGCUGCAUGAUCUAAUGGAGCAGCUUCCUGCUGCUCUGGAGAGAGCAGGGAGUGAAGAGAGUUGGGCCGUGGCAGAUGCUGUAUCCAGAGUGCUUGAAAACUCAGAGGAGCUGCGUUCCUGGAGGAGACGUCUCUUGUCAGCCUGCAUGAAAGGGUUAGUUGCCAUGUACAGCAGCAGUGGAGAUGAAAGCAGGCAAGAAGUGGAGAGGUCCAUGCUACUGAGGCUAGAGGAAUUAUUGUGUGUGGUUGAAGAGGUGGACCCAGAUGACUGGUGCAGCUUUGUGAAGACAGGACUCAAGUACCGUUACAGAGGUGAAACAUUUCUGAAGGUCCUGAACGUUGCCAUCCAGUUACUAUACAAGAAAGAAUCCUCGCUUAGUCAGAGCUUAGUCAAGUUCUCCAAACUUCAUAUGAUGGUCACACAGCACUCUUUAUUUUUGUCAACCAUCCUGAGGUCAAUAGAAGAAGAUGGCACGAAGAUCCAGACAAGAGAGGCGCUGGUGGACAUUCUGCUGACACUUGUGCAGCUCAGCCCCUCUCUCUGUGGGAGCAGUCACCUCCCAGUGCUGCUGGGAGCCUACGGGGCCACGCUGAGCUCCGCAGAUCAGAAGAUACUGCUGUUGCUUCAGUUGUAUGAGAAGAAUAAUCAAAGUCUUAUAAACUCCAGGAUCCUGCUGUGGGGUCCAGCUGCAGUGGAGCAUCAUAAGACUUGCAAGAGUCUGGGCAAGUCCCUGUGGCAGCAGCCAAGCAUGGAGGAAAUUCUGUGUCUGCUGGAUCGAGAGAAGAUGAUGAAGACGAUUCUGUCGUUCCCUCAGCAUCGCCGGCUGCUGCCAUCACAGGGGAUACAAGAGUCACUAUAUAAAGAUGAAACAGUCAAGAGCCUUGAUGACUUCUAUGAUCCUUGUUUUCUACUUCAGCUCUUCAGUGAAUUGACCAGACCAGAGUGUGUGGUGGCGUGUCACAAGUUUGUGGAAGUCAAUGCCCUGGGUCUCACAGUGGCUGCCCUGAGCAGCUAUGAUCCCAGCAUGAGAGCGGCUGCGUAUUUUGUCCUGGCUUCCUUCCGCUCCCACCUGGAAGGGGCUCGCUUUCGAGAGAAGAGCCAGUUGCUGUAUCUCUUGGAUGCUGUGCAGAAUGGAAUCAGGCAGCCAAACCUCAGGUUCACCUUCUCCCUGACCCUCUACAUUGCUCGUGUGGCACAGCAGAUGCUGAAGCCAGAGGAGCACAUGUACAUGAAGGUAAACAGAUUCCUUCUGUCACACCAGUAUUUGGACCUGAGGAAAGUACCAGAUUUUUUCCAGCUUUUCUACAGUUUUGAUUUUGAGUACAAAACAGAGCGUGAGUGGAUCCUCAGAUUUCUUGGGGAGGGGCUGCGUGACAAACAUUGCUACGAGCUUUAUGACUACCAGAGGAUUUUCCAAAUAAUUCUUUCCUUUUUCAACAGUCCUUUGUGUGAUGGGGGCUCCCAGUGUCGUAUCUUGGCGAUAUUACAAAGUGCUGCCCGUGUCACCAGAGCUGCCUAUGAGCUGAUCCAGGAUCACAGCCUCCUCACGUGGCUCCUGCACAGCUUAGAGAAAAGGUUUCUGGAAAACAAGGUGAUAAAUAAAAUUAUUUCCUUACUCCAUACUCUGUGGCUAACAAAUUUAGGAGACAAGAGAGAAAACAAGAAUCAACUGCAGGAGAAGAGGAAACUUCUUCCUAUUCAGCUUGUAAAUGAAUUUCUGUAUGUUUUGGUCAGGUUGAUCAAACAUGUUGGGACUAAUGUAGGUGUGGCCAGGCUGACGGAGUUCUUGAGCACCCUCCGCUCUGUGCUGGAAUACCGUGCCGUUGUUGUGGAGGCUUUUAGGGAGAUGCGGCGUUUCACGGCCAACGACAGCGUCCUGUCCAGCAGGGAGCUGCUGCUGCUGCUGCACAAGUGGAGCCUUGUCAGCAAAGACCUGCAGCUGCAGGAGGAGCUGCAGGCCCUGGCCCUCAAGUGUCAAAACACAGAAUUGCUCGAAAAUGUUAAAUAUGAGAACAAACCUCAAGCCCCAUCUCAAGUGUAUCGUCAGACUGGGAAAAAGAACGAGGUGGAAGAAGAUGAUGCUGCUGCAGACAUGGAAGUAUCUGAGCUGGAGAAAUGCAGAGAACAUCUGAAUUCCAUCCUUGCCCAUUGGGACCCUGUUUUCCCAGCAGCGCCCGGCACACAGGGAGGGGAGACCCUGAGAGCCAGCGAAGCUGGGGGCGAGUCAGUGGCUGUCACCUGUGCAUCCAUUCAGGUUGUCACUAAGUGGCUGGUGAGGUCCCUGGCUGGGCAGAGCAUCCUCAGGGAGCAGGACGUGUCCCCAGCGCUGAGGUGGCUGCGGCAGUGCGUCCUACCACACCUGGCGGCCGCGCGGGAGAUGCUCGGGGAUGAGACGCUGAGGAACAACCUCUUCAAGCUUUACAGCCGGCUCUGCCAGGCCAGCAGCACCUCAGCUGGGCUCUCCAGGGAGCUCGGUGUGCUGGGUUCCUUCAUGCUCCAGUUCAUGGAGGAGCAGGGCCCGUGCAGCACCUUCCACGAGCUGGUGAAAUCCCUGUGCCUAUCAGCAAGGACGGAAGAGGAUGCGGACAAAAGAGCUGUUCUUGUAUUCCUGACUUCCGUUUACAUCGGGGACAUGUGGCUCGGAGCUGAGGAGCCGGAUAUGUUACUUACCCACGUCAGAUUGGUCUGCACUGGUGCAGGUGAUGAAUUACAGGAUGGCUCAGGAACUCAGAAACAAGGAGAAGAAAUUAUUGCAUCUCUUUGCAAAAAGAUUUGGCUGCAUCAGGGCAUUAAUUCAGGGAACUAACACUUCAUCUUUAACGUUCUGUGCUCUGCCAUCAUCACUGUGAGCCCUGGAAGCCUCCUGAGCUGUUCUCAUACAAACCUAACUUGUUUGGUCAAAGAAAUCUUAUUUUUGUUUGGUCAAAAAAGUUUUAUUACUGUGUGGGAACUCAGGGGGACGAUCAUAUUCAACAUCCCUCAGUGGGACAUUAAAGCUCCACUUCCCAUUUUCUUGAACAGUCUGAGACACAAUAUUAUUUUAUAUCAUUUUUAUUUCAGGCGUUUUUAACUUUUUGAAGAAUCAGAAAGACUGUUUGUGCAUAUGUGUGCCAUUAAUAUCCAUCCUCUCUCCAGUGUAGGAUGGGAAAAAAGGCUGCAGAGCUUCCUACAAGGGCCUGUAAGUGCAAAUAACAAGGACCCAGAGGUUUAGGCAUGAUGAUUUACUGUUUCUUGAAAGAACCUGGUAGAUUUGAUGAUAGCAAAACCAGUGUGAAUAGAAGACUGAACUUGAGAAUCAUGAUGGUCUCCUUCAGUUUGAAAAGCUUAGAUGGCUUUUGAAGACAUUUAUAGCAGACCUGGUUUAUUUUUAUUACCUUUUUAUUAAAAUUAAAAAAAAACCCUGAUCCAUCACUGCUACUGUGAUGUGUGACAAAAGGCCAUCUUCCCUCCACUUGGAACAGGUAGCCCUGAAUAGAGGUCUCUGUGACACUUACACCAUUGUUCUCAUUCCUAUUCUCGUCCAUCCUAGUUAGUUACACACAUAGUAAGUUGUUGCAUUCACUAAAGACUAGUUAUACCACCUAAUAAAUUCUCUGUUACCUAGCUAUGCUGCUGAAACGCAAAGUUUUAUUUCUGAUGCAAUUUUUGCCCCUUUUUCUGAACGCACUUGUUGUAAAAAGGAAAGUAUUUGUGGUUUCUAUAAAUUUUUUUGUAUUGAAAACUGACUCACCUUUCUCUUGUUGAAUUUCCUCAUCUCAAAUUCAAGUCUGAGGAGCCAAACAGCCACCAUUAUUCUGAGGCCUUUUAUACCUCGUGGGAUUUGCUCCUCCUUUUCCUGCAAGCGAGGGGUGGUCCCAAUCAGGGGUAUAUUAACCUCAGCCUUUGCUAAGGGCCUCCAUUCCCUCUCUGGGAAUCAGUUGGGAUAAGGGUUCUCCUCUCAUUUCAAUGAAGAGGAUGUUUCACCUUACCUCAGUUUGUUUUUUAGCAGAUGCCUUUGGGCAUCUAAAGCAGAGGCUUUGAAGAUUCAGUGAAGAAAAUUGCAUUAAAUACAGUAGAAUACAGCUUCCUGAAAUUUUAGGUGAAGUAUGACACCUGAGAUUUUUUUCAGCACCUUUGUCAUAUGACAAAAGGCAUCUGAUCUGUGUUAAAGAUGUUUGAGGUUGAAGUUGCAGGUACCCACCGUAACAGCCACAACCUCAGGUUCUGGCUGGAGCUGCAGACUCAAGGACCCCAGCACGCUCAGGAGAGGGUGACGCAGAGAGAGGAGCCCGGCGAUGGCAGCGAUUUCCCAGACAUCGAGGGAGCCUUACUUCGCACCUACACUGGAUUUGCCUCUCCGGGUGUCUGACAGAUAAGCGGAGGGCUGUGAUUCACAGAAGGGGAUGACAGAGGGGUGCUGGGUCUGUAAUUGUCAGGAGGGGUUUCUGAGGCAGCUUUGGAGAUGGGGAUGUCCAAGAAGCAGCCCCUUAGGCCCCAUGAGAGGCAACUCUCAAUUUGAUCUCAAUGCUGAAAUGCACAGGGCAGAGCAGUUCUGGUGGGUGUCAUCACACUUGUUUAUCGUGCACUGUGUGUCUUUUGAGUGUGUUGUAUUACAUGUCUUGAGUCUAACCCCUUUGAGGGGCAUAUCAGAAAUUCUGGGCUAAUUUUUAGCCUCUCCACUUUCUUUGGCCUGGUGCUGGCCCAUGGGAGCGUGGGCCGGUAUAGUAAUCGCAUCUCUGCUUAGAAGCAUCCAGUCUGAUGUCUUUGAAGCUCUUCUUCUCAGCUGUAUUGACAGCUGUACACCACAAGAGUCCAUUCCAGAGGUUUAGGAUGUGGAAGAAUGCGAAGAUAGGGAGAGGAUUCUGACCAGAAAUUUCUGAGGCAUCCAUCUCUUCAGUUCUUGGGAUUAAUGCUUCUGCUAGCAUCUUCUUCCAGCCUCAUCAUUGCCCCAUCAGUCUCCCCCCAGUCAUCCCAUCUUGGGUUCUCUCAGUCCUCGUGAUCCUUUUUCCCGGUGGGAGAUUUUAUUUCCCUCCCCAUGUCCUCCCCUCGUUUGUCAUGUCCUGUGUCACGGGUGCCUGCACGCAUUUGGCCCGGAGCUGCUCUGCCCUGCUGUGUAGUCUGGGUAUAGGGGUGCUAGGACCAGUCCUGGGGACUUGCUUUUAGUGAUGUGGGGUGGGGUUGGACUCUAGUUGAGAUCUGCAGAUUGAUCCCAGGUCUCUGGACGGGUUAGGCUGACCUGCAGCACUUUGACUUUUGUCCUGCCUUCCUUUCAGAUGCAGAUGGAUCCAAGUUGAGGACAAGGGUCAGUCACAGUUUGCCUUUGUAGGGAAAGUGUUAACAGUGACUGUGUUACAGCAUUUGUCUUUGUUUUUAGGAAGUGAAGCUGGAUAUCAGCAGGCCAGGCAGUGCCCUUGAACUACCCUGAGAUGACUCUGCCCAGCUGACCAAGAGACCCAGUUCACUGCUCCCGUGAGCCCUCCAGCAGUAUUACAGGACUCUGAUGAAGCCUUCACCUUCUCCUAUUUGAAGAUGCCAGCUGGGCAGCUAAAAGCUGCAGAAUUGUCCUCCCUACCACCAUGCAUCAUUUUGGAUGCGAAGGAAAUCACAAAUCGGGUUGCAAAACAAAUUUUGGUGUGCGGUAGAAAAUUACGAUGCUGAAUACACAGUUUUUAUGCAAUUCAAAUGUAUUUUCAGUUUCUGGAAGGAUACAGGAUGAGCACUGCCUAUGUUUUAGUGCAAACAGAUUUCAUUAGACUGUGUUUCUGAAACCACUUCUGAAAGGUGACACUGAAGGUCACACUGUUGGCUGACAGCGCGAAAUGGCCCUUAGGGUAAGGGAACGCUGGAUGUAAUGUUGGUAUGCAAACCAAGAAUGCUGAGAUCAAAACCAGGCUGGGAAAUAGCUAACGCUAGUAUUUUUAUAAUAGAACGUGAUUUAGUUCGUAUUUUAAUGCAUGUGUAUUUUUAAGAGCAGCACAGGCGGAAGAGCGCUCCGGAGAUGAUGAAGCAGAGAGCUGCGCACCAGUUAGCAACGAGCUUGGUUCAGACUGCCAGCAAUUCUCAACUGGACCCUGGCAGUCGGCGUGGACAUUGGAAAGCUCUGAAGAGAAAGCAGGUAGCCAGUUGUCCCACACCUGGAAAAAAUGAUGAGCAACAGUAACACGUAACAGAGGCUGCUGCUCUAGUUUUUACGACUGCACGACGAUUCUGGUUUUUCCCACAGUGUUAGUGCUGUCUUUUCGUGUGGUGUUGUAUUUUUAAUUCAUAGUGCAAAUGACACUCAGUCAUGGAAGAUCAUAUCCUUUAUGGGUGUUCCCCGCCCGCCGGCUCCCCCAGCAUAACUGGAAUGAAAGCAUUUGCCUUCUAUGUGGAACACAAUUCAUUUGGACGAUAAACUGUAUAAUUUUCAUCAUUUUAGAGCAGUGCUGAGAGGAUAGGGAAGAACUGGGCCAGAGUACUAAGGAACUCAGAAUUUCACGUGUGACACAGAAGAAAGCUCAGAUUGCAGAAAGGGAAACGUGCCCAAAUUGGCUGGAAGCAGCAGUGUCGCUGCCUGUUGUCGUUCAGUUGUGUCUUCUGAAAAUGAGACCGUUCUAAUCAUUGUGCUGUGCUAAACACUUGUCACUUCUCCCAGUGCCAGGAAACAGGUGAAGCUCGAAGCAACUUGAAGGAAUUUGGAUGUGUGAAAACAGGCUGUUCUCUCUUCAGCAGAGCAAGCAGUUUUGAUGUUAUUGGCAAUAAAAGUCACUGUAGGAUUUCCAAAGAGACGACA